ACUUCCUGGAUAAUUUGAUGCGACGUAUGGAGCUGUAUGCCAACAAUCUGGAGAAAAUGGUAGAAGAUAAAACAGUAGAGUUGAGAGAAGAGAAGAAGAAAUCAGAAGAGUUGCUGUAUCAGAUACUACCGAGGUCAGUGGCGGAUCGACUCAAAGCCCACAUGAGGGUGGAGCCAGAGUCGUAUGAGAGCGUGACGAUCUACUUUAGUGACAUUGUUGGCUUCACCUCCAUCUCUGCCAAGUCUUCGCCCAUACAGGUAGUUGACCUACUUAACGACCUAUAUUCGUGCUUUGAUGCCAUCGUUGAGGAAUUCGACGUCUAUAAAGUGGAGACCAUCGGCGACGCCUACAUGGUGGUGUCUGGCCUCCCCCAGCGCAACGGAAACCUCCACGCCGCCCACAUUGCCCGGAUGUCGUUGAAGCUCCUGGACGCCAUACGACAGUUCAAGAUUAGGCACAUGCCUAGCGAGCGAAUGAGAUUGAGGGUAGGACUACACUCAGGUCCUGUGUGUGCCGGUGUUGUUGGACUAAAGAUGCCGAGAUAUUGUUUGUUUGGAGACACAGUGAACACAGCCUCUCGCAUGGAGUCACACGGUGAAGCAAUGAUGAUCCACAUGAGUCCUUCUGUGAAAACUUUAUUAGAUCUGUUUGGAACAUUUGAAAUGACGCCAAGGGGAGAAAUCAAUAUUAAGGGUAAAGGACUUAUGAAGACCUACUGGUUAACCAAAGAGAGACAACUCUGUGAAGUCGUAAACUGAAAGCUAGAAGAGUUUAAGCCCUUGCUUCAACUUGCCGAGACGUGACUGAAAUAUGAACAUUUGCUCAAAUUGCUGAGCGGUUGUGUUACAGUGUGUGUUCGGUGACAGCAGUCUGCUUCUUCUGAACAUAGGAUAUAGUGUCAAUGUAUUCCAGACUGUGUCAAGCUGACUUUUUCACUGCAGGGCCGGCCUUAAGCCACUGCUAUCUAUGCGGCCGCGGUGGGCUCCGCACCUUCAUUCGCCCGCGCUAUAUCUAGGUGUAAAUUUUUAAAUUAAAUAACUUUGUCUUAUUAUUUAACAGGUUUUACGCGGCCAUCCUGAUUUUCCAGGAGCUCAUGAAAAUCUCCUGAAAUAGCAAAAUAUACGAAAAUGUCAUGGAAAUCUCCUGAAAUUAUUAAAAUCUCCUGAACACUCAUACUAAUCUCCUGAUAAAUAUACAAAAUUUUCAUUUUGUGGUGUCAUUCAAUAUGGAUAAAGACAAUCCUACUCGCGAUUUAAAAAAAAAACGGCAUUGUCAGCUUUCAUUUAAUAAAAAUGUAAUAUCAGCGCGAAUUUAAACCAAAACAAGAAUUUCCAAUACUUUAUUUACUUUAAGAGUCACUGACAUAUAAAUAAAGAUCUUAAUCUUUUUCGAUCUCUUAACAAAAAAAAAAAAAAAAAGCGAUAUUUUGC